UCAAGGGGGAGGAGGCAGCGGAGGCGGAGGAGAUUAAAUUCUAGUCAUCAAUAUACCCCAUUCAUUGUCUAGACGUUUAUCCUCGGAAGAAAAAACUAUAGAAGCUGUAAGUUGUAAGUGUGAUGAAAGAAACGACACAUUUUUUUCUUUUGUUCACCGCCAGAGCUGUGGAUGAAGGUGGAAGGUGUUGGUGGCAAUCCAUCCAACUACAGGCUCGCCUGUAAAGAUUUAGAAGAAACGAUGAGCUAAGAAACUCGUCUUCUAUUAGGGUUCGUGCGUGCGCGAGCGAGGGAUAGUCGACUGGCAGUUGGAUCCAGGUGAGUGGCACCCGACAUUUUUUGUUUCCUGUUUGGUAGCAGCUGGUAUUUAUGCGGCAUGUUCCGGUUGCGACACCUGCCCCUGGCCGCCGCCGCCGCCUCCUUCUUCAGGCCUGCUGCCCCUGCUCGGUCCUCUUUGCAGGCGAAAAAGAGGAAGCCUCCCGCGUUUGCCUUUGCGCGCACGGUCGCCAGAGCUGCAGGGCCAGAUGCUAUGGCCGAUAAGCACAGCGCUAGCAGUGCCACUGCGGCUGGCUCGGGAGACAAGCACAAGCAUUCCAAUCGCCUCCUCCAUGAAAACAGCCCGUAUCUUCUCCAGCAUGCACACAAUCCAGUGGAUUGGUAUCCAUGGGGAGAAGAAGCGUUUGCCAAGGCCAAGGCAGAAGACAAGCCGAUUUUCCUAUCAGUCGGAUACAGCACUUGUCACUGGUGUCAUGUAAUGGAAGUGGAAUCGUUCGAGAGCGAAGAGGUCGCCAAAUUGCUCAAUGACUGGUUUGUGAGCAUCAAAGUCGACCGGGAAGAGAGGCCCGACGUUGAUAAGGUCUACAUGACAUUCGUCCAAGCUUCACAAGGUGGAGGAGGCUGGCCUAUGAGCGUCUUUCUUACGCCGGAGCUCAAGCCCAUCGUGGGAGGAACGUACUUCCCUCCCGAGGAUAAUUACGGUCGUCCAGGAUUUAAGACAGUUUUAAGGCGAGUGAAGGAGAACUGGGACUCGAGGAAAGCCGUGCUUCGAAACGCUGGGGACAAUGUCAUUCAGCAGCUUGCAGAGGCAAUGGCCGCGUGUGCAACGUCUCUUCAAGUUUCAGGUGGUGUGGCGGAGCAAGCUGUCCAGCUCUGUGCGAGUCAGCUCAUGAAAGGUUUUGAUGCCAAGCUCGGCGGGUUUGGUAGUGCACCAAAGUUUCCCAGGCCGGUGGAGCUGAACUUGAUGCUUCGGUAUUAUAAGCGUCUGGAUCAAGCUGGCAAAGCAAGCCUCUCCAAAAAGGCUUUGGAAAUGGCAAGUUUUAAUCUUCAAUGCAUGGCGCGGGGAGGAAUGCACGAUCAUGUUGGAGGAGGAUUCCACAGAUAUAGCGUUGAUGAUUACUGGCAUGUCCCACAUUUCGAAAAGAUGCUCUAUGACCAGGCUCAGCUUGCAAAUGCCUACCUUGACGUCUACCUCGUCACGAGAGAUACGAUGCAUGCCUGCGUUGCAAGAGAUAUCUUGGACUACUUGAACCGGGACAUGACACACCCUGAGGGUGGCAUAUUUUCUGCUGAAGAUGCGGACAGUCUAGAACCAAGCGGAUCCUCAAAGAAGAAAGAAGGCGCAUUCUACGUCUGGACUGCCAAAGAAAUCGAAGACGUUCUUGGGAAGGAUCGCGCUCAGAUUUUCGCGGCUCAUUACUACGUGAGAAUUAUCCAGAUAGAUCCGGAGCUGCCUAGCGACGUAGACUUUUGGCAAGCCAAGAAUCCGAUGCUCCUGGCCAUGGCACAGGGAAAAGCCCCGGAGAGCAAAGCAGUAGCCUUUGUUUGCCAGGAUUUCAAGUGCUAUGCUCCAGUCUCAGACGCGGCUGCACUGGAGCGGCUCCUGAACAAGAACAAGAGCAAGGUGGCAGCCGUUUAG